AUGGGCGAUACGGAAGGCAUCAAAUCCUGGGUCUACUCAUAUCUUCAGUCGACCAGACGAAUCGCCCCGGAGUAUACUAUUACUCAAAAACCUGCCGGCCGGGGGCGGCUACGCUUCAUCUGUGAGCUAAGGGCUGAGUCUUUUGAUUAUGUCGGACUGGGAAAUUCGACAUCCAAAAAAGAUGCACAGACCAAUGCGGCUCGUGAUUUCGCCAAUUAUUUAGUUCGAGAAGGACAUGUGAAAGCUUCGGAGGUACCGGUCCUUCAGCCAGGUGAAACAGGGCGUGAGCCUACUCCCUUCAAACCAAAUGUGACCGAUUUACCUCUUGAACGCCUGCCUCCGCCGGCACCCCGAUCCGACAACGAUAUACCUACACCUGGUUCGACCUACAUUAACAGGAUAUUCGACCAGAAAAAGUUGGAAGAGGCCGAAGAGGUCGAUCUGACGGCUGACCUCCAUGGUGGGUGGUCAAUGGAGAAUGCCAAGGCUCGAUUAAAUGAAUAUCUUCAGGCUACCCGACAGCAAAUCGGCGAGGUCAAGUACACCGCCUUAGGUCCGGACCACAACAGGAGUUACGCUGCUGAAAUGACCGUUUUCGCCCGCGGCCUUCGAAAGAAUCUUUAUGCCCGGGAGUGUGGUUCCAACAAACAGAUGGCUUCCCGUGCUUGUUGCCUAUCCCUAGUGCGACAGCUCUUCCACGCCGGCGAAAUCGAAGCAUUCACUGGCCAAAAGAGGAAAAAGAAGCAUGAUGAGGUCCCUCCGGUUGAUGUUAAACUCGAUCCUGGUUUGGAGCGUUCCCUUGCUGACCUGCUUGAUGAUCUCGGACUACAACCACCUCUUCAACUACCUGAAACUGUAUCACCUGAUCAACCAUACAAUAUGAUAACGCAUUACAAUUUAACAGACUUUGAGGAAGCACCAGCUCAGCAAUCACAGGUGAUACCUUGGUGUCCCCCGCUGCCUAACUGGAAUCCGUGGACUGGCUGCAACAUCGAUGAAGGACCAGAGGCUAUUAUGCAAUUAUCGGAGAUGAGCGCCCGGUUUGCUGACGAGCGGUUACGUCGUUUCGAUAAUGAGCCGAAUUUGCGGUCCUUGUUGGACGACCGUGCGCAAUUACCAGUACACUCCUAUCGACACUCGAUUAUGGACGCGAUCACACACAGUCGUGUUACUCUUAUUCGGGGCGAAACCGGCUGUGGAAAGACUACUCAAAUCCCGCAAUUUAUUCUGGACACCUACAUCGAGUCAGGCCGAGGCGCAGAGUGCGCGGUUCUUGUGACGCAGCCAAGGCGUAUUUCAGCAAUCAGUCUGGCUGAGCGGAUCGCAUAUGAACGUGGCGAGGCGGUCGGAAUGAGCGUUGGUUAUUCGGUUCGUUUCGAAACUGUUCAUCCCCGACCGUACGCCUCUAUCUUGUUCUGCACCGUUGGAACAAUGGCGCGAAAAAUGGAGUCUGGUUUACGCGGCGUAUCUCACAUUGUAGUGGAUGAGAUACAUGAACGUGAUGUGAACACGGACUUCAUGCUCAUAUUGCUGCGUGACAUGAUUCAAGCUCACCGUGAUUUGCGAUUGGUAUUGAUGUCGGCCACCAUUGACACGACGAUGUUCGUUGAUUAUUUCGGUGAAUGCACUGUGUUCGAUAUUGAGGGUCGGACACAUCCUGUGGAACAUUACUUCCUCGAGGAUUGUAUCAAAAUGCUCAAUUACGUGCCACCACCCUGUGAUGAAAAAAAGCGAAAACGGCGAUUGGAAGCAGAAAGUUCGGCAGAGGUAGCGGCAGACAACUGUAAUCUGAUUUGUGAUCCCAGUUACGGGCCGGAAGUUGCCCGUUCGAUGCGAGAAAUCACAGAGAAGGAGGUACCUUUUGAUCUUGUUGGAUGUUUAUUGGAACAAAUUGCUCGUAUGGGUAUUCCAGGUGCAGUGUUGAUUUUCUUACCCGGUUGGAAUAUUAUAAGCAUGCUGCGGAAAUUCCUGCAGGCUCAUCCUCGAUUUGGAGGCAAUGACUACUUGAUUCUUCCACUUCACUCACAAGUUCCAAGGGAGGAUCAACGACUAGUUUUUCGGUCCCCACCCCCUGGUGUGACAAAAAUUGUGCUGUCCACCAAUAUUGCUGAGACAUCUAUCACUAUCAACGAUGUUGUAUUCGUCAUCGAUCUUUGUCUGGUACGGAUGAAGUUAUUCACCGCUCGCAACAACAUGACUUCUUACUCCACUUCAUGGGCGAGCAAAACGAAUUUAGAGCAGCGUCGUGGCCGUGCCGGUCGUGUUCGUCCUGGCUAUGCUUUCCACUUGUGCAGCCGGGCUCGUUUUGACCGUUUGGAGCAGCAUUCGACUCCAGAAAUACUGAGAACACCUCUGCACGACUUGGCGCUGUUGAUCAAGUUGCUUCGCUUGGGCCCUGUCGGCGAUUUUCUAAAGAAAGCACUUCAACCCCCACCAUUGGACGCCGUGAUUGAAGCCGAACAUACCCUAAAAGAAAUGAAGGCUCUAGACAAGAAUGAUGAACUCACUCCACUGGGGUCUAUUUUGGCUCGUCUGCCUAUCGAACCGCGUUUGGGUAAGAUGAUGAUAUUUGCUUGUGUUUUCAACCUGGGAUGUUCCGCUGCUAUUCUGGCCUCUGCGGCAAGUCUUGGAUGCGACCCGUUCCUGCUACCUCCUGACCGCCGUCGUUUGUCAAACGAACAGCGCCGAUUUGCGGCCGGCUAUUCCAGUGACCACUUGGCUGGACUAAACAUUUUCCAGGUGUGGACGAGUGAGCGCUCUCGUCGGGGCGAACAGGCCGCCGAUUUGAUGUGUGACCGUUGUGAGUUGAAUGGACCGGCUCUGCGCAUAAUGGAAGACGCCGGCAAUCAGAUUCGAAUGAUUCUCAUUAAUCUCGCAUUCCCUGAGGAAUCUUUAUCAGAUUCAGGCAUCAAUUUUAAUGUGUCCAACAACAUCGACUGCGAUAUGCUAUCUUCCUUGCUGACACUCGGUUUGUACCCGAACAUAUGUUAUCACGUUGAAAAGCGGAAGUUGCUGACGAUGGAGGGCACAGUGGCACUGACGCACAAAGGUUCCGUUAACUGUUCUAAUGUGGCGAUCAAGUUUGAUCAUCCAUUCUUUGUCUUCGAUGAGAAGAUUCGCACACAAGCAGUUUCUUGUAAAGGACUUACUAUGGUGAAUCCUUUGCAAUUGAUGCUGUUCGGUUGUCGAACGGCAACGUGGAAGGAUGGUGACCCUAAUUCGGCUGAUCGACGCGGUACGGUUUUGCUAGACGAUUGGAUCCCAUUGAAGAUGGAAUUUACAUCCGCAGCCCGCAUCUUUGCAUUGCGUCCUGCACUUGAAGCACUUUUAGUUCGUGCUUGUUUGCGCCCCGAGCAACUAGCUGAACCGGAAGAGAUAGAUAAACGUGUAAUCAACAUGGUACGUCAGCUGUGCGCCCGUCGUCCUGUCGGUAACUUUAGCGGUAGGGAGUCCGACAAUGACUAUGGUUCGCCGGCGCGAAAAAGGUUUGCGUCCGAUCUACAUCACCCAUUACUCUCUGGUCGUAAUCGGCGUUUCAACGCAGUUGAAGACCGUGGCUUUGAACGUUAUGUCAAUCACCCUGAACAAUUUCAACCUCGUGGUCGCCCAGUGCGCCCGGAUUUCGUAGAUGACGGCGCUCCAAUGCCAAGUCCUGCUAUGCCCGUCGCUUUCAAGUCAUCACCUGGCCCUUCACCAUACCCUCGGCCUUUGAUGGAUCCCGGCUAUAACGGACGUGAAUGGAAUUUUCGUGGAAUGCCCCCACGCUACCGACCCCCACCACGGUUCCAUGCACCCGAAUUUCGGCCACGGUUCGCCCCUGAACCUUGGCGUCGUCCCAAUUACGGUGGCUUUUAACAUAUGAAAUGCACCUUGUUCCUCUUAUCGAUACAGUACAAAUACU